AUGCUCUCACUUGAUGGUGCACAACUGUAUCGCAACAAGCAGUCAGACUGCUGGAUGUACAUCUGGAUCUUGCUUGACCGAAGCCCAGAUUCCUGCUACAAGAAGUGCCACGUUCUCAUCGAAGGCGUCAUACCAGGUUCAAAUAAGCCUAAGAAUGUCGACUCGUUCCUAUUCCCAGGAUUCCAGCACAUUGUGGCGCUCAUGAGAGAGGGCUUAAAGAUUUGGGAUGCCACAACCAACCACCUCUUCCUGUCUACUCUAUUCAUUGCAUACCUUGCCGCAGAUGGUCCUGGCAUGCAGUUCAUCAAUGGGUUGGUGGGACACUCCAGAAGGUUUGGCUGUCAGCUAUACUGCCCCAUGCGUGGACGUCACAAAUCUGGAGCAGGCCAUUAUUAUCCCGUGUCCUUGAAGCCAGGGGGCGAGUACAACGUUAAUGGAUCAAUGCAUGACAACGUCAACCUGCGCACCUUCAUCGGCCCUCGUUCUCAAGAUGAAGCUGCCAAACAAUAUCACAAAAAUCUCAGAUACGUUCAAGAGUCCACUUCAAUCUCGAUGUACAAGGACCAACGGCUCGCAACCGGCAUUGCAAAACCUUCCACCGUUAGCACCUUUCCCCCAAACUGUACCUUUGAGAUUCCAAACUGCUUCUCUGCCAACAUCAUACACCCUGCGGCACUGAAUCUGACCAAUCUAUUCACCCAUCUCUGGCGCGGUACUUUGACAUGUGAGGCACUUGACCAGAAGGCACUUUGGGAUUGGGCCAUCUUUUGCAACUUGGAAGCUUGGCGCACUCACGAUCAGCUAGUUGCAGAUGCAACACCAUACCUUCCUGGGUCUUUUGACUGA